AUGCCUCACUCUCUCGUCGUCGCAAAACUUAUGCCCCAGCGCUCAGCUAAUUGGACAUCCUACUAUGGGAGACAGCAAGCCAUUUCCCUGGCAACUCGCCCUUUUCUAGCGCUGCGUAUCUCGCAAACCGACAUCGGACUCCAUGGUCAUUCGCAGGAAGGAGAUUUUCUACUUGCCAUCUCACCUCAGAAGCCAAGCGGAGUGAAUGAGGGAUGCUACUUCGCCCUAGGAUCUUCACUGGACGAAGGAAGGAAGAUGUUGCACGUUGAACCCCCCUUGCAUCCAGAAGGGGGUACUCUCUAUGUCCAUACAUUCCCGAGGUUUCUCGAGUAUGUGGAAUCCGCGCGCUCGCGAGCCCGAACUGUUCCUCGCCUUCCGCACCAACUUGGAAAAUUUAGUUACCUCACCUUCUGUCAUUCGGUCUUGCAUGACUAUGACAGAAUUCUCCAAGAAAAAUACACGAACGAUGAGCGCUCAUCCGGUGGAAGUGGCCCCGAGACGGAAGGUAUGCUCAAAACAUACGGUUACGUUUUCGAAUACCUGGAACCUCAGAGUUUUGACCUGUCUUCUGUCCAACCGCCAUCCAUUUAUCAAGAUUUACUUCUGUACAACCAACUUGCAUCAGAUUACUCAUGGGAUGGUGUGACUGUUGCUGUGAACUGGGCUUUGAAGUUGAGAAACUUUGAGCGUACGCACGAGGCUCGACGAAGCAGCCUCCUUCUGCCGGAUUCCUCGUUUGGUGGGAAUGUACCGACCUUCGACGGAAAUAUCAAGGAACCUGCUCUAGCACUCUGGUCGAUAAAGACUCCCUUUGACGGAGACCCCCCCAUAAUAAUUCAGACGGAAGGUCCUCUGGACUGGGAUGAUGAGCCCUAUGUCGCGCCCGACGUCGUCCCACGAUACAUGCCUCCUGUACCCACUUCGUCGACUAGAGUUAUCGUUCUUGACCUCUUUGGUACCAUUCUUGAUCGUGACGGUGCUAUAACCGACGCUAUGCGUUUGCUAUCGCCAUUGCAUUCCGACAGACGCCGACUGUCUGAAUUGUAUCUCGAAUGCGAACUUAUGAGACACAAAGACCAUGCUGACACACCCUAUAUCGACAUCGUGCGGCAUGCUUUGGAGGAUGUCUGCAUUUUUCUGGAACUGCCGCUCAACGAAGUAGCAUUUCGCGAAGCUGUCGAGACUAUACUGCAACCUGGUUUAUAUGCCGAUGCAGAAGCAGCUGUGGGGACGCUCCUGGAUCAGGGUUAUGCGCUGCUCGGUCUUCCGAUCCCAGACGCGAAGUCAUUUUCACUUCCCCAACUUCCAUCUGGUCUCAAUGUUGACGAUGAGCCUGCGCCCCUUUCGGAACUCUUUAGCCAAAACCACUCCAUGUUUUCUGGCCUCUUGGAGCGCUGUUGCGUAGCAUGGGGUAUCGCCGAGAAAAACCAGGUUCUUGUAGUGACAUCCAAUCCUUACCGAGUGAUGGAACCGGCACGCAUGGCGGGUUUUCCAACGGUAUUGGUGCAGCGUCAUGAAGGGCUGGGAUCGAGACGCAACCUCAGAACAAGUGAUCCCACCCUGGCGGUUGACGGAUUACAAGCUCUACUAAGACAAUUACAGAAUACACCGUAUAUCCAUUCUCCUUUACCUCUAGAGACUUUCAUAAGGACAUUUCGCAUCCGUGGCAUGUAUCAGACGACGCACUUGCUUGGGAUGGGAAGCUCUGGACGCGUGUCGAGUGCUUUCCAUGUUCUCACCGGCUCGGGAGUUGCAAUCAAAUCAGGGACUGCAUCAGAGGACGCACCAGACAUGCCAUGCGUAGUGCGUUACGAAGCUAUGGUGUAUAGCCUCCUGCGUGGUCACCCAGGCAUACCAUCAUGUAAAUGGAGCGGUCUGGAUCGAGGAUCGCAUGUCUUGAUUCUCGAGCAACUAGGUGCUAAUCUCGAACAGCUCCGAAGAUUGUCCAGGGGUGAGCUUCCUUGGAAGACCGUAGUUAUGCUUGGAGUCCAAAUGCCUGAAAAUUUCGCAAUGGGCAUUGGGGAAAAGUCCCACAUCGUCUAUUUAUUCGACUUUGGUUUGGCGAAGCUUUAUGUCGACCCAUCCACAGGAGCGCAUAUGCCGUACCGCGAAGGCCGCAUUGCAUUGGGGACCAUGCGGUAUUCGAGCUACAAUGUGCAUUACGGACGAGAACAAGGACGGCGAGACGAUCUUGAAGCAUUGGGCAAUGUCCUACUAUAUCUCUUGCAUGGCCGUCUGCCUUGGCAAGGCAUCUACGCACCAAGCAAAGACGCCAAAUUACGUCGAAUGGGGGAGAUGAAAGCUGGAUCGGCAUUUCGCGACCUGCUCGCGCGUUCACCUGCGGAAUUCACGACGUACUUCGAUCACUGCCGUGGUUUGAAGUUCGAAGAAAAGCCGAUUUACGCAUUGUUGAGGCAGCUGUUCAGCCAGAUGAUGGAGAGGGAAGGGUGGACGGGAGACACGAGGUUUGACCCGCUGGAUGGCAGUUCCGGCAAAGGUACACUGGUGCCUGAGGAGUAUAAGUUAGAUGUCCGAUUCACAGAGGGAGACUUGACCACGCUACAGACCAUGCUCUGUCGCUCUCUUUGGCUGAGAAAGAAAGCCUCGACCGUAAAGAAGGAACUGGGUCGUCCCAUGGAUAAGGAACACGGUCGUCCCAUAUUGGCUGCGAAAGACUUGAAUUCCGCUACACCCGACUGACUCACCUCGCCCGCCGAACUUUGUCACAUGUCGAAUACCUAGCAGCAGAUAUUGA